AUGGCACAGCCAGAGUAUAACCUCCUUGGUGACAAGCUCUUCUCUUACAGAGGAAUGGUGUUUCCUGUCAUUGAGUCUCUAGACUUAACGACGGAGUACAUAGAUAACUUGGAACACUUUGAAGUUAGGGAUGAUGAUGUUUAUCUCGUCGUGUUCCCGAAAUCCGGGACGGUGUGGACUCAGUACAUUAUCACUCUACUUCAUGAUGAGGACUUUCCUGACAUGGCAGAGAUCACCACCUGUGAGCGGAUGCCUUGGCUGGAAUUUCCAGGGAAGGGGAAGGGGAAGGAGUACUGCAGCAGACCCUCCCCCAGAAUCUUCUGCUCCCACCUCCCUGAACACCUCGUUCCCAAGGAACUACAAAAAAAGAAGGCUAAGAUUAUCUAUGUCGCUAGAAACCCCAAAGAUGUCAUGGUCUCUUAUUUCCACUUUAAUAAAUUCAUGAAGAUUCUGGAACAAACAGAAACCUACGACGAAAUGCUGGAGAAAUUCUUCUGUGGACGGAUGCUUGGGGGAUGCUGGUUUGAUCACAUCAGAGGAUGGUACAGAAAUAAGGACAAAUACAACAUCCUGUUCCUCUCUUACGAGGAGAUGAUUAAGGAUCUCAGAUCUAAUGUCGUGAAGAUUUGCGAAUUUCUGGGGAAGAAUUUAUCAGAUGCGGCGAUCGACAAAAUAGUGGAGAGAACCACCUUUCAGAACAUGAAGAAUGACCCAAAGGCUAACUAUGAGUUCCUGUCGGAUAACAUCGCGAACCACUCCAAAGGAGCGUUUCUUCGCAAAGGUACAGUUGGAGACUGGAAGAGAUCUUUGACUGUAGCUCAGAAUGAGCGUUUUGACCAGGUCUAUCAGGAGAAGAUGAAGGACUGUCCUCUGGCUUUCAUCUGGGAUAUUUCUGAACUCCACGGAUGA